AUGGCAGGGAAAGAAGUAUUAAUUGUCUAUGCACACCAAGAGCCCAAAUCUCUAAAUGGUUCAUUUAAAACCUUAACAAUGGAAGAACUGAAGAAGCAAGGCUGUAUUGUCACUGGUUCAGACUUGUAUGAAAUGCAAUUUGAGCCAAGAACAACUAAGAAAGAUAUAGUUGGUGAAUUAUACAAUCCUGAUCAUUUUAAUUAUGGAAUUGAGGCCUGGAAAGCUUAUAAAAAUGGAUAUCUGACUGAAGAUUUGAUUGAGGAGCAAAAGAAAGUGAACAAAGCCGACUUGGUGAUUUUCAAGAAUAAAUUAGCUUUACUUUCAUUUACCACUGGAGGAGACGAAGAAAUGUAUUCAAGGAGAGGACCCAAUGAUAAUAUUUGUUACCUUCUCUGGCCCAUGCAGCAUGGCAUCUUACACUUCUGUGGUUUCAGUGUCCUUUCCCCUCAGAUCUGCUUUGCCCCUGAGUAUGUGACAGAAAAGACAACAUGUUGA